GUUUCCAGGAUUCUCUCAACAUGAGGUCCUCCCUGCAGGCCGUCACGCUCUGGGGGAAGAAGGCCCCUUCCCACAGCAUCACCGCCAUCAUGAUCACUGAUGACCAGCAAACAAUUGUGACUGGAAGUCAGGAGGGUCAGCUCUGCCUCUGGAGUCUCUCACCUGAUCUAAAGAUUUCAGCCAAAGAGCUUCUGUUUGGUCAUUCAGCUUCAGUAAUAUGUGUGGCGCGAGCCAGAGACUUCUCUAAACAGCCCUAUGUCGUUAGUGCUGCUGAAAAUGGGGAGAUGUGUGUGUGGAAUGUCACCAACGGGCAGUGCGUGGAGAAGGCCGCCCUUCCCUACAGGCACACUGCGAUCUGCUAUUACCACUGCUCAUUCCGGAUGACAGGAGAAGGCUGGCUUCUAUGCUGUGGAGAAUAUCAAGACAUUCUUAUAAUUGACGCCAAAACCUUGGUUCUAGUUCACACUUUCACAUCGUCCCAGUCUCCUGAUUGGAUCAAUUGCAUGUGCAUUGUUCACUCCAUGAGAAUUCAAGAAGAUUCUCUCUUGGUGGUGUCAGUUACUGGUGAACUCAAAGUAUGGGAUCUCUCUUCAUCUAUCAACAGCAUUCAGGAAAAGCAAGAUGUCUAUGAAAAGGAAUCCAAAUUUCUGGACUCCCUGAACUGCCGGACAAUACGAUUUUGCACAUAUACAGAGAGACUUCUCUUGGUGGUAUUUUCUAGAUGUUGGAAGGUUUAUGAUUAUUGCGAUUUUUCCCUUCUGCGGACUGAAGUCAGUGGAAGUGGGCAGUUCUUUGCUGGUGGAGAGGUGCUUGCUGCUCACAGAAUCAUCAUCUGGACAGAAGAUGGUCACAGUUACAUCUAUCAGCUGCUGAACAGUGGGCUUUCAAAAAGCAUAUACCCUGCUGAUGGAAGAGUGCUUAAAGAGACCAUUUAUCCUCAUUUACUGUGCUCUACUUCUGUGCAGGAAAAUAAGAGCCUUCCCUGUGUAAUGGGCUACAUGAAUGAAAGGAAAGAGCCUUUCUAUAAGGUACUUUUCUCUGGAGAAGUCUCAGGAAGAAUUACUUUGUGGCACAUCCCCGAUGUUCCUGUAUCCAAGUUUGAUGGCUCUCCUGGAGAGAUACCAAUAACUACCACCUGGACCCUUCAAGAUAAUUUUGAUAAGCAUCAUAUCAUGUCACAAAGCAUUAUCGACUACUUCUCUGGGUUUAAAGAUGGAACUGGAACUGUGGUGGUCACUUCAUCAGAGUAUGUCCCUGGUCUUGAUAAACUAGUAUGUGGCUGUGAAGACGGGAACAUUUUCAUUACACAGGCUUUGAGUGCUGCCAAAGCAGGACUUCUGGAAGGAGGUUCUCUAUUGAAAGAUUCCCUUCCUUACAAAGUUCUCAAAGGCCAUCACCAAAGUGUUAUUUCAUUACUUUACCCACAUGGUCUCUCUUCAAAAUUGGACCAAAGUUGGCUGGUGUCGGGGGACCAGGACUCAUGUGUCAUCAUGUGGGAUAUCUUUACUGAAGAAAUUUUGCAUAAAUUCUUUUUGGAAGCUGGUCCAGUAACAAGUCUUUUGAUGGCACCAGAGAACUUCAGACUGAGGAAUAGUCAGGUGGUUUUCUGUGUGUGCGGCGACCACUCCGUGGCCCUCCUCCACCUGGAGGAGAAGCGGUUCCUCUUCUGUGCCCGGAAGCACCUGUUCCCGGUGAAGAUGAUAAAGUGGCACCCGGUUGAGAAUUUUUUAAUUGUUGGAUGUGCAGAUGACUCCGUUUACAUCUGGGAGAUUGAAACAGGCACUUUGGAAAGACAUGAGACAGGAGAAAGAGCAAGAAUUAUUCUUAAUUGUUGUGAUGAUUCACAGUCUCUAAAGCCUGAGUCAGUACUUUCAGUUGCCUCAGAGACACAUAAGCACAAAAGUGUCGAGCAGAGACCCUCCAGCUCCUACCAGUUUGGGCCAAUACCUUGCCCUGGUCUGCAGGUGGAGUCUUCAUAUAAGGUUGCUGAUGCCAAGUCUUUCUCAGGUCCUUUUAAUGUCCUGCCUGUGAAGACAAAAUGGAGUAACGUUGGCUUCCAUAUCCUUCUGUUUGACUUGGAAAACCUUGUUGAACUUCUGCUGUCAACGCCAGCCUGCGACAACGACCCUUCCAGUUCGUUCCAUGGCAGUGAGAUCCUAAGAAGAGCCAAAAGUACAGUCGAGAAGAAAACAUUGACGCUGAAAAGAAAUAAAACUGCCUGUGGUUCUCUCUCAGCAGAGGCACAAGCCAAGCCUGUGAGUGACGCCCCAGCCCAGGGAGAUAAUCCCAUCAUGGUCUUCGAAGAAUAUGAUGGAAUUAAAAGGCAGAAGAAAAUGAAGAGCUCCAAAAAGACACACCCUAAGCCAUCAAGAAAAUUUGAUGCCAACCUCAUAAUCGAUGCAGCCAAAUUGCUCCUCUCUUGCCUUUUGCCGUGGGGAGUGGAUAAAGAAUUAGAUAACCUCUGCAUUAAGCAUCUCAAUAUUUUGAAGCUUCAGGGUCCCGUGUCUCUGGGACUUGCUUCAAAUGAAGAUCACUUCUCACUGAUGCUGCCAGGUUGGGAUUUAUGCAAUGCUGAAGUGAAAAAAGACUACUCAAAAGUCAAUUUGUUUUCCAGAAGAGUGUUGGAAUUGUCAAACAAAUACACAUCCACUCUUCCACAUCAAGCUGGGAUGCCAAGAGGGCUGGAAAGUAAUUGUGACGCUUUGCAUGAGUCAAACACUAUAAUUUAUUUAUUGAGAAGACUAUUUUUAGUUAACAAAUUAGUUAACAUGCCUGUAGAUUUGGCAUAUGGAAUUGAUAGCUCUUUCAAAAUGGAGUCUGUGCAUAACAAAGUGAAAAGCCCUGGGAAUGAUAUUUUGCAUGUUUCAAGCUUCUACAGUUACUUACGAAAUGGCAAGAAUGAACCCCAUCUACCUGAAGCUGACGUUUCUCUUUUGAAGCUAAUUUCCUGUUGGAGAGACCAGUCUGUGCAGGUAACUGAAGCAAUACAAGCUGUUCUCUUGGCGGAAGUUCAACAGCACAUGAAGACGUUGAGAAGGACACCAGUCAACAGUGAACCAGCAUCCAUGACUGAGAAUGAUAACUACCAGAUGAUGCAGACCCGGCCAAAGAUGGAAUGCACGGAGGAGCUAGAGUUACAGUGUAUUACAGGCAGUUUGUCUCUGCAAACUUCAGCCAGUCUGGUCAAGCAUGACAGCGACUCAAACUCGGCAAACUUCCAAGACACUGAGGACGUGCCUGACAGAUGUGUCGUGAAAGAGUCUGAGAGUCCAGGUGAAAGCCAUUUAAAAAUAGUCAAGUAUAAAAUGAUAAAUUUGACACAGCUUUGGGGUCCUUGGAAGGGGGUGGGGAGACAGGACAUUGUAAUGCUGUUUUCUCUUAGCAGCUGCACUGUCAAAUUAAUGGUCACCUCCAGGGGUCACGGUGUGGAGCUGUUAUCUUUUCCUCUUUCAUCAAGAAUUCAGUUGGAGGAAGUACAAAGGCUUUAUGACUGAAAAGGAAGCUGACACUAUUAGUUCAUUAUCAUCAAUUUUUGGCUAAACUGGUUAAUAGAGGCAGAGAUUGGAAACUGAAGAAAUGGCAAUAUUUUAAAUAUUUCAAAUAAUAGGAUCGAGUGGAAAGGGAGAAUUAGGGACAAAAGAGACGCAAAUUGUCAUGAUUACAAUCUAUUUACCUUUCUAAAUACAAACAGGACUGUACCUGGCAUGAGAGGAUUUUAGCAUAACAGUAAUGGACUAAAGGAUGUUGUCAACUGUUUAGAAAGAAAGAAAAAGAAAAUAAUAAUCCUUCCCCAUGCAAUAAAAUUUACCCAAUGUCCAACUUACUUAUGUUUGUAUUUUCUUCGUAGAAAGAAUAGACAGAAAUGUAUUGGAAAAAUAAGACCAGAACACUGUAGCAUAGAUUUUUGUUUCCGUUUUUGUUAUCUUUUGAAGCAUGCCUAGUCUUAACAACUAAUGAACUAAAAGGAGAAAAAUCUCUGUGAAAGUUGAAGGGUAUUCCUGGAUCACUACAAAGCCAUCAGGUGCUAAAAAAACAAUACCUUAUUAUCAUGAAUGAAAGAGUUAACUAUCUUCCUCCACUAACAUUUUUCUUUCCUAUUUUCUCUGGCUGCUGGGGACCCUCUCUCCUCUCCCAUCUUUGUGUGCUGAUCCAUGUAUCAGAUUUUUGAUUCAUCCUCUCUCUGGCCUGUCAGCUUAGUUAAGAGAUUUCCAAAUCUUGUAGCCUUCGCUGACAGGGGGCAGCUGCAAACAGUCCCCUGAUCCUUCCCCGAGGAGAGCUACUGAGAUUUAAUUUUCAGCGAAAGGUGCAGCCUGCAAUCUAUGUCAGGUCCCCUAAGUCAUCUCGGAACCCCAAUAGGCCCAGUGGCGAUGGCAUUGUAUUUCAGUCCCUCCACUGCACGAAGAUUCCUCAAAAGAUGGACUGCUGCCCCGUGUCUGCUCUCAGCCGCACUUCUGCUCUCCCGCAAACGGAGAAAUGGCAUCUUUAGCAAUGACAGAAAUUUCUCAUCAGUACAGUAAACCCGACCCCUGCCAUAUCUAAAAGACAAGUGUAGCUCUAUCCUAUUCUAAAGGGGAGAGGAUAGGGGUAGCAUUAAAUUUCCAAAAUAAAAUUAAUUUAAAAUAAACUUUUUGUUUUGACUCAAAUUUUUAAACUGUCUUAAUAAUUGGUUUUCUAUCAACCAUUGGUCAGGCAGUUAAAUCCAUGAGGCAUAUCUUUACCUAAGGGUUCACUGCUUUGGCAAGAAUAGAUUCACUUUAUACCAUUUCCAAAGUCGCAUAAAUUUCCAUCCCUCUGUAUGAAAUUGUAGUGAGAUUCAAAUAUAACCUAGUCAAAUCUGAUUGAUAUCAACAAAAGGAGGUAUCAAAAAACAGAAAGAUUAAUUAGAAAAUAUGGGUGCUGGUAAAGAAUCUUAACUUAAAAAGUGAGUAUUGUCUAUACAUCGGACAUCAUUAAACUGGUAAUAAAGAAUGAAUUACUCUGGCUUUUUCCUCUGUCCACUCCUGCAUUUUAAGACGUCUUGCCUUAUAGGCCUGGAAACCUCUGGAGAGUUCACUACUGGUCUCACUGCCUUCCACUGAGAAUUUGUGGCUUGGUUGUCAUGGAGACAUCGUAUUUCUCCAAGAAUUUCUCAUAUUGAUCCGUGGCCAGGCGUAAAUGGCCAAGCAAGUGUGAGGAAUAAAGGGGGCUGGGCAGUCCUAUAAAAUGACCAGGGCUUGUGGGUUGGAAAUAAGCUCAUUGCAAACACUUAGGUAAAAAGAAAGACGCAGUUUUGUUUUGUUUCAGGAUUCCUUUCUGCACUUUGGGCCAUUGUCUUCUUUCACUAUGAACUGAAAGAAACUUGUUAGUCACUUGUCAUGUCAGAUCUUUGGCGCUUGUCCUGACACAGCUGUCAGCCUUCCAGCUCCGUGCAGUUCAGGGACACACAACAAAGAGGCAAUGGCAUGAAUUAUUUAUUGCUCCUUGUGUGGAUAAAAUUCUGUGAUAAGAAAUUAAGACACUUCUGACAGAGGUGCUUGUUUAGUAAGAAAGAUUUUGAUGAAAGAGUGCUUUUUUUUGAAGUAUGAGCAUCGGAGAAGCAAAAUUCUUAAAACUGAACAUGAAGGAAGAUAUGUGAAAUUGGUGGCAUAGAGGGACUUUCUUGACCUGUGUAAAUAUGACUGUCUACUUCUCAAUGUCCAAAAAUUAACUUCAAACUAUUAAGUCAUUCAAAUAUAAGGACUCCAAAACUAGAAAUAUUACUUUAGUGACCUACUUAGCUCUAUUUACCAUGUAAGAGGGUGUUUAGCCACUUUUGUUAGAAGAAAAAGAAAUUGGGGGGCUGUAAGUGAUAAGCGUUGGUAAGGUGUCUUCAAACCAAUGUGCUUCAGUAGCUAAGCUUAUCAUUGUAUUCAUAUAUUUAUUAUUCCUUGUAUAAAAGGAAGUGAAUUUAAA